ACCCGCUCGCCUUCUCCCGUCGCGACCCCGCGCCUCAAGCUAGUCACGCGCUCUCUCCGCCCCGCGCCGGCGAGAUGGAGCUGAAGCCCGGCAUGUCGGUCCUCGUCACCGGCGGCGCCUCCGGCAUCGGGAAAGCGCUUUGCCUCGCUUUUGCACAAAAGGGUCUGUUUGUGACUGUGGUCGAUUUUUCUGAAGAAAAUGGAAGAGAAGUUGCUUCGCUAGUUCAAAAAGAACACAAAAAGUUCCAUGGAGAUCUCGGUGUACCGCCUGCCAUAUUCAUCAAGUGUGAUGUUUCUAAUUCAGAUGAUCUUGCUGCUGCUUUUGAGAAACAUGUACUCACAUAUGGUGGACUAGAUAUCUGCAUCAAUUGUGCUGGAAUUGCCAACAUGACAUUAGUUUAUGAUGACAUAUCUGAUGGAAUUCGCACAUGGAGACAUGCCAUAAAUGUGAACCUUGUUGCUGUUAUUGAUGGUACUCGCAUUGCAAGUCAAACAAUGCGAUCCCUGAAGAAGCCUGGUGUCAUAAUUAAUAUUGGUUCAGCUGCUGGCCUUUAUCCCAUGUACGCUGAUCCCAUAUAUUCUGGGACGAAAGGUGGUGUUGUUAUGUUUACAAGAUCACUUGCUCCAUUGAAACGCCAUGGUGUCCGUGUCAAUGUGCUCUGCCCCGAGUUUGUUCAAACUAACAUGGCUGAGCAAAUAAAUCGGAAAAUAGUAGAUGCAACUGGUGGUUUUCUGAAGAUGGAGGAAAUUAUUGAUGGUGCAUUUGAACUUAUACAAGAUGAGAGCAAGGCUGGCGCUUGCCUUUGGAUAACUAAACGAAGAGGGCAAGAAUACUGGCCAACAUCUGAGGAACAAAGAAAAUAUCUGUUGAAGUAUACCAAGUCAAAAAGAACAGUAACAAACAAUGUAUUCCCUAGCAUCCAAACACCUGAAUUUUUUGAGAAGAUAGUUGUUCACACUCUCAGCCAUAAUUUCCGCAAUGCUACAAGACUUGAUCAUGUGCGAUUGAGAUUGCCCAUUGAACCACAAAAUGUGCUUGUUAAAAUAAUAUACGCUGGUGUAAAUGCUAGUGAUGUAAACUACAGCUCUGGGCGCUAUUUCAGUGGUAGUGCUAAAGAAACUGCUGCACGCCUUCCAUUUGAUGCUGGUUUUGAGGCUGUCGGAAUCGUUGCUUCUGUUGGAGAUGCAGUGAGGCAUAUCAAAGUUGGCAGUCCUGUGGCCCUUAUGACUUUUGGGAGCUAUGCUGAAUUUACCAUGGUUCCAGCCAAACAUCUUCUUCCAGUGCCAAGACCAGAUCCUGAGGUCGUUGCUAUGCUAACGUCAGGAUUGACUGCUUCAAUUUCUCUUGAAAAGGCAGGUCAAAUGACAUCUGGGCAAGUUGUUUUAGUUACAGCAGCUGCUGGUGGAACAGGACAGUUUGCUGUUCAGCUCGCAAAACUAGCAGGCAACAAGGUUGUUGCCACAUGCGGUGGUGAAAGUAAAGCUGCACUUCUGGCUUCCUUAGGAGUUGACCGAGUUAUCAACUACCAAAAUGAAAAGAUCAAAGAAGUUCUUAAAAAAGAGUUUCCAAGAGGUGUAGAUAUCAUAUAUGAAUCUGUAGGUGGGGAAAUGUUUGAUCUGUGCCUGAAUGCACUUGCAGUUCAUGGACAUCUUGUUGUAAUUGGUAUGAUCUCUCAGUAUCAAGGAGAGGUUGGAUGGAAGCCUAAGAAUUACACUGGACUAUGUGAGAAGAUUCUUGCUAAAAGCCAAACUGUGGCUGGAUUUUUCCUGGUUCAGCAUGCUCACCUGUGGCAAGAUCAUCUUGACAAACUAUUUGAAUUGUAUGCCUCUGGAAAGCUGAAGGUGUCCCUUGACCCUAAGAAAUUCAUGGGUGUUGCUUCCGCGGUGGAUGCGGUAGAGUAUCUUCAUUCUGGCAAGAGUGUUGGCAAGGUCGUUGUCUGCAUUGACCCAGCAUACAGCCAGACGCUUGCUAAGCUGUAGUCUGUACUUCUGCAGACAUGAGAUGCAUCGUCUUUCAUCGUCACGAAGUAUGACACGGCGAAUGUAACAUAUGAAAAAUGCACACAUUAUAGCCUUAUAGGUGCACAUACAGCAUACAAUGUUGAGCUGAGAAACUGAGUAAUUGCAUAAAACCACCAUGUAGCUCAGUUAUCUGAUUAGCUAGCUUGCAGUAGACAGUACCAUAUCAGAGGGCAAGCCUUCUACUAUAGAAUUUAAAUAAGUUUGUAGUCCCGCAAACUAGAAUUCUGUAUAAAUAAAUUACUCCGUCCUUUAUGUUCAGUGCCAAACUUAGUA